AUGGCGGUGAAGGAUUGGCUAAUAAAGCUCAAAGAUGUUGCUUAUGAUGAGAUGACUUUGGUAAGCAAUCAUCUUGGUCUAGAAUGCAAUCAGAUUCUUACUUGUGUGGAUCUGAAGUCUUUGGAAGAGAUGAAGACAGAGAAGAUCAUAAGAUUUCUAAUGAAUCCAAUUGAUCCAAGAGAUGUCGCAGUCAUUCCCAUAGUUGGCAUGGGCGGGCUAGGGAAGACAACAGUGAGCAAAUUGGUCUACAAUGACAAAAGGGUUGAGGAGCAUUUUGAGAGACGGAUUUGGGUCUGCGUAUCCGAAAUGUUUGAUGUUAAGAAGCUUAUGAGAGCAAUUGUUGAGUCUGCAACUGGGAUUAGAUGUGAUCUUGAUGAAAUGGAAGCAAUCCAUCGCCGUGUUCAAGAAUUGAUUAUGGGUAAAAGGUUUUUGCUCGUUUUGGAUGAUGUGCGGAAUGAGGAUCAUGAGAAAUGGGACAGGCUGAAGAAUUCAGUGCAGCACGGUUCUGAAGGAAGUGGCAUUUUAGUGACAACUCGUAGCGAAAAGCAAUUGUUGGUUAUUGUUUCAGCAACGAGCAUUCAGAAAUGGAAGACUCGACGAGCGCGCUUCAAAUUUGGUGGCUGUUGGAAAAGAAAUUGCAAGUGCAAGGGUGUACCUUUGGCAGCAAAGGCUCUCGGAAGCUCACUGCCGAUGAAAAGACAAAUCGAGUACUGGAUAACUGUUAGAGAUAGUGAAAUGUGGAGCUUUACUGAAGAAGAAAAUGUAAUUUUACAGGUAUUAAGGCUAAGCUAUGACAGUCUUCCAUCUCAUCUAAAGCAAUGUUUUGCAUACUGCUCCCUUUAUCCUAAGGACUACAAGAUAAAAAAGGAGAAUUUGAUCCAUUUGUGGAUAGCAGAAGGAUUUGUUCGACCGUCUCGAGGAAAACAACUAUAAGAGGUUGCGGAUGAAUGUUUUAAUGAGUUGUUGUGGAGGUCUUUUUUCCAAAAUGCAACCAAAGAUGGAAAUGGUGGCAUAGUAGAAGUUGAAAUGCACCAUCUCCUUCAUGAUCUGGCAAACUCUGUUGCAGCCAACAGUUGCUUGAUGCUGGAGGUUUCUAAGCAAGAGAUUAUCGCCUCCGAAA